AUGUCUUCUUUCGCUCUCUCUAAUAUAAUUAACAGCCCAACAGAAGAAAUCACCGCGUCGGUUAAUAAUGAUAAUAACCAAAGCGAUCCCAACAUGAAUUCUCCAUCAUCAAAUGGCAAUAGGGCCAGAACUUCCCGAAAUUAUAUGUGCACUAUGUGCGGCAGAGGCUUUGGCCGUUUAGAACAUUUGAACCGCCAUAUUAGAACUCACACGGGAGAAAAACCUCAUAAAUGUACUUGGAACGGGUGCGAAAAGAAAUUUUCGAGAUCCGACGAGUUAUCGAGACAUAAGAGAAUUCAUGAAAACGCGUUUAAAAGAAGAGAUCGUAACAAAAAGACAAUCGCUUUGUCGUUUAGAAAUUUGACGGCUUAUAUUCACAACCAAUCUCAACAUGAAGGAAAUACCUCCAUAACUUACAUUUUCACUGAUUCGACCACACAACCUAAUUCAUCAUGGCAGAAACCAUUUAAUUGUCCCAUUAAUGGAUGCACCAAGUCAUUCUCACGCCAUGGUCAUCUUUCUAGACAUGUUCAGUCCUGUCAAUCAAAGCGAAAUCGUAAAGAAACCUCGGAGAAAUCAAUCACACCACCAAGUUCAGAUGUAGAAUCCACAGCAGAAUCACCAGAGUUGCCUUCUACAUAUCAACCAGAGCCCGUUAUUGUUGCUCCGAGACCUUUAUAUGCGAAACCUCAACCAGUGGAAUGUUCAAUGAGGUCGUACCCUACCGUACCUGCUCAAAUGUGGACACUCCCGAAUUUGCAACCAACUUUGCAUCAUAGUAAUAGUAUCCGUGAAAUCAUGGAGUGUCCAUUAGAAGGUGGCGCCAAACGGACCCUUCCGCCACCAAUUUCUGAUACUUACAAUACCAUGGAGAAAAAAUUACCCUCUCUUUCUCUUUGGUAA